AUAAUUUUUAUACGUAGUUGAUGUAAGAGUUUUGAUUGUACAAACACUCAACGUGUAAAUUUCUUGUUUCAGUACAUACAUUCUCUAGACGACAUGAUGAACAAGCUGCGAGCUCUGCCAAGCAAACCACCCAAGCGUACUAUAACAGGAUACUAUAUGAGGAUCUACCCUAAACGGAUAGAGUUUAUAACGGGAGUAUUAGACGCGAUGAAGCUGUCGAACCCGGAGGAGAGGAUGGUCGUCACGGAAUUGUUGUGGAAACCCUCGCUGUUUAUCACUAAUUCCAGUACAAACAUCACGACGCAGAUAUUCCAGGAGAAGGUCGCCAAGUACAAUCGGGAAUUACGGGCGGAAUUGUUCCACAGCGACAAAGACGCGGGUAAGGACGGUGUGCAACAUAGAUUGUCGAGCUCCAAUAUCCAGGACGACGAUCUGGACGCUAUCCUGAAGUACAAUCGUAACAUCCAGGAGAAGAUCGCCGAGAAUAUGCCCUCCAUGACCAGCACCAUGAAGGAGCGCGCACUGGCGGCGAGCGCUAUCAUAAAGAAGCACAUCGGCAGGCUGGAAAUGUCUGACAAGCUGACCGACGUGAAUGCUGUUGAAUUGAAGAAGGAGUCCCUCAAGUUGGAAGAGCACACCAACUCAAAGGAGAGGUGGUGGGAUUGGUGGUGGGAUUGGUUUAUUAUGAUAGCCUUCGUUCUGGGUGUAUUUUGCGGCAUGGUGUUAAAUAUAUAUACAGUAAAACGUCCCACAUCUGCGCCGGUCGGGACCGGAACUGACCCAACAUCUGCGUCAGAAAGCGGCGGUGGUGGGGGAGCUACCUUUUGAAAACGCGAAGAUGUGGGACGGAAACUAGCGAAGAUAUGGGACGCGCGCAGAUGUGGGAAGCGCAGAUGUGGGACGUUUUACUGUAUGGCGAUACAAAAAGACUUAGAUAAUCGUUACGCGCGCUACUGUCAGACGUCAGUCCGCCUAGGUGAGUCAUUGGAUUGGUGUUAUGAUGAUAGAAUAACACAGCCAUGAGUGUGCUUGUGAAACCACUUGUGCCACCUAAAACCACUUGGAAACCCGGUAAAUAUACCACGAAAUCGCGCCGUGGCGUCUGGCGUGGACAAUGCGUAACUCGUGGCCCGGUUAGGCGCAAUUUGUUAACGUUAUCUGAUUAAUUAUUGUAAAGUACUUGCCUAUGGAUUUCGUCAGGAUAAGGGAAAAGACCGGGUGUGGAAGCACUGAUUUUAACUUGUUUAAUUAUAACUGAUUAUAAUAUAUAAUAUAAUUAAUUAUAACUGAUUAUAUUAUAAUUAUAAUUGUUAGGAUAUGUAAACGCACCACAAUGGUUCUGUUAGUCCCUAGAUUCGCAUUACGUUUAAGUUGGCAACUAGCCCUAUGUUUUAUUUUGUCUUUAUGUUCCCCCCAUUGCUUUUACCUCUGUUCCCGCGCUUGUGUGUGCAUAGCUCAGCCAAAUAAAGCUACGUUUUUCUAAGAA